AUGGAGUUCGAUGCGUUGCUCAACACCCUCUGCUGGACGAGCUUCGUCCUCUUCGGGCUCUGGAUCAUAGCGCAUGCCGUACAAGUGGUGGAGCUGCACGUCAUGGCGCGGGCCUACGCACAUCACAAAGCACAUGUUUUCGCCAUACCCUUUGUGCCGCUCCUAACGCGGCUGUUUCACGAGAUGGCCUUGCCGCAGUUCUUGGCGUCUGAAGCGAUCCAACGGGGUGAGCUGCCGCCAGUCAUGAGGACACAUAGCCAUCGCACGCCGGCAGCGGUGCCCGUUGAGUACGUUGACGCGAACGGUGUCUCGUCCCUAUCAACCUUGACGAACUUCCACGCCGUCGGGAGCGCAUCACUGCCACCGCCGUCCCCAUCGACGCUCAGCACGGUUCUGAAUAAGUCGCCCGCCAACACUCCCACGGACAGUCUCAGAAGCAGAGCUGGCAAGACAAAGGAGGAGGGGAAGCGCAAGUGGGGUGGUGUCGGUGUUGACCGGAAGAAAGCGCAGCACCAGGAGGAGCGGCGGCAACAGGGCCCCGUGGCUGUGCCCAUUUUAGACCCCAACCUCGCAGCCGCUGGCGACUGGGAGUUGACCUCCUCGCCCAAUCCGGCGUGGUGGACGCCGCAGUUGGAAGGUCAAUGCUUGGUGUUCGGCCUCCACCUGCCGCUCGAGCUGCUCCCUGCGUCGAGGUCGGCGCCGCAGGCAAGCGCCUUCGCGAACGCGGAAGCGCGUGGUGUAGGUGGCAACAGUGGCACAGGCAACUGGCCUGGAAGCAGCAGCGGCGCCACGACGCGCCAGCCGACCGUGAACCUUCAGCUCAAGCAGUACCAGCUUACCCAAGCCUCUCUUGUCGCCUCUGAGGCUGCGCCGUCGCCGGCCUUGCACCACCACACAGCGCUCUUCAACAGCACAGAACUGGGGACACAAGUAGCCGUCGCAAAGCAACUCUCGGUGGCACCAGUGCGUGUAUACACCCGUGCCACACUACCGCAUGCGCGGAUCAACACAUCCGUCGUGCCGUCGCCGCGUCAGUGCUACUCGUCCCCGGCCGCCUCUUCGCCGGGCCGCUGCGCAUGGCCCGGUGCGUUGCCGCUUGCUCGCACGCCAUCGCAGCACCUGGACUUUGAUUCGAUUAAGUACGCCUAUAUACAGUACUACCAGGGCCUUCUGAAGACGGCCGUGGCGGAGCAAUCCGCCAUCGCCCACCGCGCGCGUAAAAACCGCAGAUCGUCCAAGAGUGCGCGGCACAUAGCGGCGAUGCUGAUGCACUACCUCCAGUACGCACACAUAGACGACGACGGCGAGGAUGAUGUCAAGGACGGGGAUGCGGAGGGCAGAGCUGGGGGCGGCGGUGGCAACGGCUCAGGGGUCGACACCAGCCGGGCUGCAUCCAGCAAGCGAAGACCCGCGGCGACACUGAGAGCCGCAGCUGGACAUGGCAGCGCAAGCGUCUUCCCAUCACGCAGCAAGCACGGACGCCGCGCUAGAAGUGGAAAGAGCAGUGGCGGGGUCGGCGUGAGCACGGCAGACUGUCCUCAGUGCAACUGUGGGCCGUGGAUACCGGUGCUGGGCGGCAGCGCUAGCCAUCAUAGCGACGCGUACGAUGCAGUCGGACGGGACGGAGACUUGGUGUCGUCGGCGCUGUCAAGCCGCAGCCUUUACCGUACCGCGGCACCCCUGCCGCCUUCGCAGCUAUUACUGGUCCAGCAGAGCUCGCUCAAGAGUCACUCAUCACCGUCACUCAUGCAGCCGUCGCAGACAGCCGUGGUUCCGCCACCGCUGUCUCCCGCACGCGAGUUACGACGCGGCAUCAACAAGCGUCGCCGACGCGCAGAGGCGCCGAGUAUCGCGGACAGCGCCGUCGAGGCGCUCGAGGGCCUCGUGGAGCGAGUGCGGCUCGCGCAGACGCUGCGGCCGCGCUACCAGUCGCUAUUUUGCACCGUCCGCUUCGCAGCUGAGCGAUUUAUCGUGCGUCGUGGUGCGAACGAGCCGCCAACGUGGACACCGCUGAAGGCGAUCGCCGCGGCUGGUGUGGCCGGCGGUGGCCCAUCAUCGUCGGCGACAGACGGCCGUGGUGCGGCGAAACCAAAAAUGCGGCGCUCAUCCUCCUCUUCCUCUAUCUCUCCUCAGCGCCUGCAUCUGCAUCGGCGGUAUGACAGCACGGACAGCGACAGCAGGAGCAGCAGCAGCUCCCAUAGCCACCGAAGCGACUCGCCGCCGCCAGCGCUGCCUCUCCUCAAGUCCAUUAUCCCUGCGCCUGCCAAUGUGUCUGCCGAACUCGCGAUACCAUCGUCGAAUGCCGGCAGCAGCGGCAGCACCAGCGCCGCGAACGCCGCAAUACAGUUCCUGCGUGCGAGUCGGCUACGAGAAAACAACAUCCGCGCUGCCAUUGCGGCAGGCGCCGGCAACAGCGCCGUCGGCCCCUUCGCUCUCUCUUCGACAUUGGACCCCAGCCUAGCCACGAGCCUAAGCAGUAGCAGCUUCUACUCGACAGUGGCUGCGCCCGCCGAAACCCGAGCACCGCGCGAAGUCGGGUCGCCGCACCGGUACGCCGUCGAGGUCAAUUUCUCGAUGAGUGCUGAAGGGGCGCCGCCGCUAUCGAGGGACGUCACCGCCACAGGCGCCGAGCCCAUGUCUCUUCUGGUGGACAAGGGAGACGCCAGUGGCAAAGAGGUGCAGCCGAUCGGCGCUGCCGUCGCUGCCGCAGGAGCUGAGCACGCGCAGAUGGAUGAGGCGAUGCCGCAGCAAAAGCCGUCUCAAGCCAAAGACACCGCCUCGCGACUACUCGAACAACGACGACAUCCACAACCUGUGUCAAGCAGCCGUGAGGAGGCUCCGCAGCGCGCUGCCGCGAGCGCGACUUCACCGUCAUUGCAGCCGCGCUCAACGGACUUGCGUAUUGUCUACGUGAUUGGAGCUGAUCGCGCGACGCUGCUGCGAAGCCUUACGUUGGACGCAACGCGCAGCUUCGCCGCAGGCACGCGGAACUUUCUCUGCUUCUUCACUCGAAAGGACGAGCGGCGUGCGCAGCGGCGGUACAUGGAACAGCUCGACCGGCAGAACCGGGCUGCCUUGCAGCUCUUGGCGCACCACGAGACGCCCGCGGACGCCUCUAGGCCACGUGAGCAGCGUGACAGAAUGAACACCGCUAUAGGCCACGUGCACACGAGCAGUGCAGUGCCCCUGCACAACCGUGCGGAGGAGACGCUGUUAAGCGCCGGUGCCACAGCCGCGUUGCGCAGCGUCCCGGGACCGCCGUGGCACGUGCGCGCGGCAUCGUGGCAUGAUGUGAACCUCUCUAUGGCUGGUUCGCUUAUGUCCGGGCCGGGCUCCGUAGACGGUGGCUUUGGUGACGCCGGCACCGUCAACCAGCAGCCGCGCGAUACGAGGCUGAGUAAGACAGCCUUCUUCAAGGUCGCCGGUGCUGACCUCCUGACUCUGGCGGUAACCCCAGUAGAUAGCGCUGCCGCCACCGUCACAGCACCGUCGGCGCAUCAGUGCGACGACUCUUUCUUAUCCAUGAUGCAAAGCCUCGAGACCAGCUUUCGCUCAGCGGGGGAACCCUCACACGCAGCGCCGCCAGGCACCGCAGAAGUCGCAACGGCGAGCGCGGCGCCUGAUAGCAGGAGCAGUUGCGCAUCGGUUUUCGCCACCAUCCAAUCGCUCUCGACGGCUCAGCUGACGCCGACGACCCCCGCCCCACCGGCGCCUCUGGCCGCAUGCGGCGAAGAAGUCGCUCGUGGAGCGACAGCGGCGGCGAGAAGCUGUGCCACGCCUCCAAACACCGCUACUGCAGACGCGGCAGCAGAAGACCAUACGCACGUGGAUGUGGCGCCGCCCACGGUCAGUGCCGCCACCUCUCCGGCCCCCGCGGCAUCGACCGCCUCUAACGAAGGCAGCAAGGCGAGCGAAAAACGCGCACCAGCGGCAACGGCAAAAAUAGACACUGAAGCCGCCGCCACCGACUCGGUGUCAGCUCACGACGUCCGACAGUACCUCGCGACCGCUGGCGUGACGCUGCCGCAGCAGGUGUACCUCCUGCGAGACGCGGACGCGUUGACGCCGCUGCAGCAGCUGCAGCGUACCCUCGCCAGAUCCUCGCAUCACGCCUCUGUGCUAACCGCGCGAAGAGACUCCUCUGCGCGCACUACUGGUACCGACACGCCAACGGCGGCGGUGCCAUCUACGGUAGGUGGCACUGCGGCCCACCACCGCGCACUGCUGUCUACCUCUGUCGCUGCAGUGCUCAGUCGGGGUGCCACUCGUGUGCUGGAGGGUCAAGUCGACGUGGCGGGUCUGUCGCUUGAUGUACUGAGUCGUCAAAUAUCACCUUUUGUGCCAAUGGAGCCCCCACCGCUGAGCGACAGUGAUGGCGACGACGGUGCCGAGAGCUCGAUGAGCGGCCGUGGCAGCGAUGGGUCGUCCGGUCCUGGUGAAACAUCCGAAUCGGACCCGCGCAGCAGUGAAGCGUCGCACGAUGACGGCGGCAAGGUCGUCGUCCGAGAGAAUGCGGUGGGCGCGAGGCGCAGCUCGCCACUCCACCGACGGGGGAAGCGGCCGCAGAAGUCGAAGACCGCCGCCGCUGCCAACCGUCACGGCGGACACUCCUCAAAGAAUUGCAGGCUUGCGCAGCGCUCUGGCAAGGCCUCGCCCCCACAGCAGGCGCAUUCACGGCGGCGGCAUCAGCAGCACUCCCGGUCGUCAAGGGGCCACGGGCGGUCGAGCGCCCGGUCUUCCCUGAAGCACCGGCGACGCCAGUAUGAGCGGCGUCGCAAGCGCCACCUCGCUCGUUGGAACAGACACAUCCAGCAUCAGCGCGCGGCGGCCAACAAGGCUGGCUACAUUCCCGUCGCCGCUGGCGUGCUGUUCUUCACGGCACCGCCGACAUUGCCCGCGGCGCUAGUCCGGCAGCAGCGACAGCUGUUGCUUGACGAGCUAGAGAGUGGCGAGCGAGGGCGGCGGUUGGUGCCGGACUGGGCAUUGAACGGGUCUGAGGCCGCCGCACCAGUAACUGUUGCUGACGGGGACGCUCGACAGGACGGGCAGCUCGCGUCGUCGCCAUCCCCUCACGACGGGCGAUCACCGUCGCGCAGAAUCUGCGUGACACUCAUCUACACCGCCACCGCCGAGCAGGUGGCGCAAGCACUGGUGCGAGCCGCAGAAGUCGCUGCAGAAGCGCUAAAAAAACAGCGCCCCGCGUGUGAUGCGGUCGAUGGGCGGGGCCACCGAAACGUAGAGGCCGUCAACCGCCUCGGAAGGCGGAGGUCGGCGGUGGCAGCAUGGAGUAGGAAGCACAUGCGCAGCGGCCGCGACACCCACGAGUUCCUGAGCAGCAACCCUGACAAGGGGCUGCGCUUGUCAAGGCCGUCACAGCAGAGACACGAAGCGGCGUUCAUGGACGACAACUGGCAUGGUCGUCGAAGUGUGUCGUUGGCGAGAACGCAGGCGCCCAGCAAGAACAGCCUGUGCUAUUCCUUUACCUCCGAGAAGUUGAUGCCGCAGCUGUCGCAGGCGGCCUUCUCGACUGUGGCCUCCGAAGCCUUCGUCGGCAGUGAGAACCUCCUCAACAACAGCCCCGUAGUCGUGCCGCCUGCAAACCGUUGGUGCAUCCUGUCACCGAACGUCUGCUCCGAGACGGCAACCUUCUCUGCAAAGAGCAUGGAGGAUACGGACUUUAGUGGUCGUCACGGGAGCAAGGAUGAUGGUAGCACGGCAGCACUCGCUGCUGCUGCUGCCUCGCCACUCAUGAGUAUACAUGACAGGCCGCCACCUUUGCUCUUGCUCACCGAAUCCUCGGACAGCGUCUUCGACUACGGCGAAGGCCGUAGCAGCAGCGGGGGGAGCGCGACAGCGGUGGGGGGCCGAUGGGACAGCUUUGGUCGCGACGCCGCCAGUGAUGGCUCUGGUACUGGUACCAGUUAUGACGGUUUCAGGUGCACCGGUACGUCGGUGUAUGUUGAAGAGCUCGAAUGGAGCACCAGCAGCGCCCGCGGCAGUCCAGCGCACUUUGCUGACAGCGGAGGCGUUGACGACGACGUUGAGCGGGCAAGAUCAGCGUCCGCCUCUGCCGGUGGCGUGCACGCCGCUAAACCACCAUCGAAAAACGUGCGUUUCAAGGGCACCGAGGCUGAGCGAGGCGAGGAGGACAAGGUCGGUGUGGCACACGAGCUGAUGAACGUGCUGCGCGAUUCGACGUGCUUCCCUGAUGGCGUCCCGGUCGGCGUCUCCCUCGCCUACGCGCGCAUCGGCAACGACCUCUACGCCAUCACGGAGGUUGUGGACCGCACCUUCCUGCAGUACCGCGAGGAGCGCGUCAUACAGUCUCGCAAGGAAGGCGGCGGCUGCAGCACAGGCGAUGGCGACGAUGAUUCGCUCACAUCGCUCUCCGACAGCGCCGAGGAUGCUCAGACAGAUGGCUCGUACUCGUACUCAUCCAUGAGCAACUCGUCGUUCACGUUGGGCACCUCCUUCAAGACGCUAGACGCCGCCCUGGAAGCCACUCAGGAGCAGCAUACAGCUGCAGUGCAGCAACAAUACCGUCGGCUGCAUCGCCGCCGUGCUGUCUCGACAAGCAACUUUGGCGGCCUGUCCUACUCCCUCGCCGGCUCUGCGCCGCUGCGGCCAGGCAUGCGGCGGCAAGAGGUGCACAUGUGCUGGCGGUGCCUCAGUGCCGAGGCGGCCGUCAUCUUCGUUCCCUGCGGCCACUACGCGGUCUGUGAAGCGUGUGCAGAGGUGCUGGCGGACUGCUGCCUGUGUCGCACACCGAUCCUGUCGAGUGUGGUGCUGCUGGUGCACAACAGCUCCCAACAAGCGUAA